AAAAAGCUGUGAUUUGUAAUUAACAAGGGAACCUUAAGAAAAUAUUAAUAUAAGUUUUCGAAUUAAGCAUUGUUAAGAAAUAUCAUAGUAAAUUAGCAAGUUAUAAAAUGUUUUUAUUAUAGAUUAAUGGGACGUAAAUUUUACAGACUGCUUCGGCUGUUUAUUACAGCUAUAAACAUUAGCAUUUAAUAAAUUUUUAGUUAGUUUGUUUUUUAAUUUAAUAUGUUUAUACCUAAAUAACUAUAAGAAAUACUAGCGAGUGAGUAAUGAAGGAGGUUUUAGUUAGAAGAUUCAUGAAAUCCCCAACGAGUUUCUCGACUUUUGGUUUUGGAAAGGUGUACAUGACGCAGAAGAACUGCGGAAUGGACAACAACACUGUAUAUGCAAUGAAAAUCAUGGACGUCCCCAUUGAAGGCGACCGAGACAAAUACCAAAGAGAGUGCUACGUGCAUCAACUCUGCUGCCAAUUUCCAUUCCUGGUAGCACUCUGUUACACCUUCCAGACAAAGUCCAAGAUCUGUCUCGCACUUGACUAUUAUCCUGGUGGAGACUUGUACCAUUUGCUGCGUUACUGGGGCAAGUUUACAGAGACUGCAGCAAGACUAUACCUAGCGGAGAUAGGCCUGGCUGUAGAAUACCUGCAUCAGAUCGGUGUCAUCCAAAAAAUAUACUGAUUGAUGCACGCGGCCACAUUGCAGUCUCUGAUUAAUCUUCAACUGCCACACAAAGGAGAAACGUGCAGAAUCCGUGUGUGGGACAGCCCACUACAUGGCCCCAGAAAUGCUGCGAGGCAAUGGAUACAGCUUUGUGAGUAUCUCAUACCCUGAUAGUGCGAGAAUAAUGAGCUCAUUGUUUUAUGUCACUGAACCAGCAGUAAGUUUAAUGUAAAUUAUUAAGGCAAUGCACUAUAAUAUUCUGAGGAUUUGGAGCCACAAAUGGAAUCUUCAUGGAGCUCGCAAUAACACAUGCAUAAUAAAAGUAAUCAGUAUUCAGCACGAGACAUAGAAGCAUUCUACCAAAUUUGGCGAACUCACAACAAUUUGAUAGGUAUGAAGGAAAUGUAAAAUAAUCUUAUGCACUUCCACAACCAAACUCUAUAAAAAUGCUCCUGUUAGCUUAACCAAGUCUGUCCACGGGCGAUAUUUUGAGAAUUGCUUAACAUAUAAUGAUAAUUUAAACAAUGCUUAACCAAAUGAUUUCCAUGUUUCUCAUUGCACAUUCAUCGGAAAAUGUAAGAAACGUCAGCAGUCUCCAUGUCAAUAGGAAUCAAACCUCUUCCUAUAUUAAACAGAUAAAUGAAGAAUGAGUACAAGUCAUACACGGGAAAGUUCAAUAUAAAACUGGAGGCAAGA